AUGGGGCUUGACAAGGUGUAUCAUCGUCAUGGACGGGUUGACCUCGUACCGCUGCCUGCAGAUGGUCCAGAUGAUCCGCUGAAUUGGCCUUCGUGGCGAAAGCACGUAGUCCUAUUCCUCGUGUCCUUCCACGCCUUCCUGGCCAUCUUCUCGUCGGCCAUCAUCAUCCCCGCCUACUUCAACUUCGCGCAAGAAUUCGACGUCUCGGUGACUCGGGCAUCUUACUUAACCGCGGUUCACAUCGUUUUCCUCGGCGUCAGCCCGGUGCUAUGGGGCCCCCUGUCCGCGCGCUAUGGUCGUAGGCCGCUCUACCUCUUCUCGAGCAUCGCCAGCGCCGCGUGCACCCUCGGUGGCGCGUAUUGCCGCUCGUACGGCACGCUGAUGACGACGAGGGUGUUUCAGGCGAUCUGCGUCAGCCCUCCUUUGGCUAUCGGAGCCGCGACGGUCAAAGAGGUGUUUUUCCAGCACGAGAUUGGACAGAAGAUGGGGGUAUGGACGUUGCUGGUGACCAUCGGCCCGCCCCUUGGACCUUUGCUUGGAGGCUUCAUCGUGCAGAACAAAGGAUGGCACUGGCUGUUCUACCUUCUCGCGAUCCUCAGCCUCGCCCUCUUUUUCGGCUACUUAUUCUUCGGGCCCGAAACGCUCUACAUGCGGCCGUCGCGUACACCCGAUAACCUGCCAGCAUCUGGCUCCUCCGAUACCCUGACCACGCCGUCCACCGGCUCCGGUCAGACAUGGUCAGCCUACGUCCGAUUCCGUCGCAUCGACCCGCGGCCGCUCCGCCCGGCCGAGUUCGUGCGGCCCUUCCGGAUGGCCCUGCGCCCGCCCGUGCUGCUCUGCACGAUCGCGUACAGCGUCGCGUUCGCGUACGCGGGGGUGCUGCUCACCGUGCUCGUGCCGCAGUUCUUUGGAGCCAAGUUUGGGCUGGACGCGGCGCAGGUCGGGCUCCAGUUCGUCGCGCUCGUGAUCGGUGCCGUGCUCGGGGAGCAGGUGGCCGGGUACGGCAGCGACCGGCUCGUGCGCUGGCGAUCCGCGAAAGCUGGGGGAGCUCGGGAGCCGGAGAUGAGGCUGCCGGCGAGUUAUCCGGGCUUUGUGUUGGCUGCGGUCGGGCUCGUGAUUUGGGGGGUGAGGUUGCAGCAGGCGAAGGAGGGGAGGUGGAACGUGACGCCCGACGUUGGCGGCGGGAUCGCGUAUUUCGGGCUGCAGCUCGUGACGACGCCGGUGUAUGCGUAUUGUCUCGAAACGUACAAGGAGGACGCGGCCGCGGUGGCGACAUUCGUGCUCGUGGUCAGGCAGGUCAGUUACUAUUACUCAAAGGGCUCAUGCUCGUGUUUUCUGUUUGUCGAUUUGGCGAUCGCUGUCAUGGCGGGCUCUAGUCGUGGCUCUCCUGCUGCAUGGACUUGCUUUCGCCGUAGUUCAUUCCUCUGGGCUUAGAUUUGCCUUGCCGCGACGGUAUUUGCUGAUACAUUUUGCUCCUGUGGUUAGGUCUUCGGCUUCACGGUGCCAUUUUACGCGGCGGGCGCGGCGGAGCGUUUGGGCGACGCGAAGUUCAC